AUGUCUCCUAAGAUUUUCGUCAUCGGCGGCACGGGCGCCCAAGGCCUUCCCGUGAUUCGGGGGUUGGUCCACGACGGCAAGUACACCGUCAGGGUUCUCACGCGCGACACAACCUCGCGCCGGGCCCAAGAACUAGCUGGGCUCGGUCCAAAUGUCGAACUCGUCCAGGGCACCUUCACCUCGGAAGCGGACCUGCGUGCUGGCUUCACCGGAGCCUGGGGCGCCUUUAUCAACAUCGACGGCUUCGCCACCGGCGAGGCCAUGGAGACAUACUGGACGAUCCGCGCAUACGAGCUCGCCAUCGAACACGGCGUGCAGUUUUACGUGCACGGGAACCUCGAUUACGUCUACAAGCUGAGCGGGUACAAUCAAGCCCACCGGUGCGGCCACUAUGACGGCAAGGGCCGCAUGGGCGAGUGGAUCCAGCUGCAGCGGCAGGCGAGCAAAGGGGUCGGCAUGAAGGCGGCGCUGUUUACAACGGGACCGUACAUUGAGAUGGCGCUGUGCCAGCAGACGCCCAUGGAGCCGGUCAUCGAGACCGACGAAUCUGGAGAACAUGUGCUCGUCUGGAAGGUCCCCCUGACUGCAGAGGGCGGUGUUGCCCACGUCGCGCUCGACGAUUGCGCGCAUUAUGUCCGCUGGCUGUUCGACAAUCCCGAGCGUGCCGAUGGCAUGGACCUUGCCGUGGCCAUCGACAGCAUCCAUUACUCGGAUAUGGCCAAGGCGUUUGAGAAGGUGACCGGCCACAAGGCGCGGUAUGUCGACGUCGACAUGGACACGUUCUUCAGCGGGCCACACUGGAGCCGGGUUGCAUCUUUUCCUACAGGCUACAUGGUCGACCCCAAGAGCCCGGCCGCCAUGACGACGCGCGAUAACUUCACCGGGUUCUGGCGGAUGCGGGAUUACGCGCUGCUGGACGAGAUUCAUCCGAACAGGAUCAGGAGUGCCGAGGAAUUCUUCCGUAGGGAGGACGAGAAGGCGAAGAAGAAUGGGCGGGGAUCGUUGUGGGACAUGGUGCUUGACCCAAGGCCGAUCCUCAAGAUCCAUGAGGACAGAAGACUGGCAUCUCGGAGCAAGUGA